UUGGUCAACACGGCACUUGCAGGUCGGGUUCUCGAUUCUCGAUCGGAUUCAAAGCUCAGUUAUGCUUCGAUUGCUAGUUUGUUUGUGGCUACUGGUGUACAGUGGUUCCAGCUAUGAGGUGCAAAACAAACCCGUCACGGAAGAUUGCCUAGACUGUCUGUGCGAAACAAUGAGUGGCUGCAAUGCAUCCGCAAUUUGCGUAAAUGGCGCCUGCGGUAUAUUCCGGAUCACUUGGGGCUACUGGGUGGAGGCGGGCAAACUAACUUUGCCCACGGAUACAGCUCUCUCCGAAGACGCUUUUACGAACUGCGUUAAUCAGCCCCACUGUGCAGCGAACACGGUGCAGAAUUAUAUGUUCAAGCAUGGCCAGGAUUGCAAUGGAGAUGAGCACAUCGAUUGCCUGGACUUCGGAGCACUCCACAAACUGGGCAAUCUGAAGUGCCAGGAAGAGUUGCCCUACAUCUUCGCCAAGGUCUUCAAUCGAUGUCUGAAAUCCAAGGAGCGAAUGACGGAGGAAAAGAUCAUCAAGGAGCAGGAAAUGGUUUCAACAUAAUUGAUUCUUUAUUGGGUUUCAUCGUUCCCCUAUUUUCGGGGAUAUCUUUGUCUGUUUUUAAAACAAUCCUGGUAACACAUAUACACGUACAUACAUCGAAACAUUGCUUAUGUUUGCGUUUGAACAGUUUCCAAUAUAGUUAUGGAUUCUA